AUUUAUGUUAUGAUUGAGCCUCAUGGCUCUGUUAUUGACAGACGUGGGCGUAAGACUCCUCGAGAGUCAGAUACUCUCGAGGAGCGAGAAAGAAAAAGACUGUGAGACAUUUUUGCAGCACCAUCUGACGAAGAGUCUUUUGAGGGGUUUACGGAGAGAAUGGAGGAGGGGCUGGUUAGCUCGGAGGAGGAUGAGAUGGAUUGGACUCGGGUAAGGGAGCAAUUGGGUGCCACUGGCCAUGAUGGGAUAGAAGAUGAAUGGGGACCUUCAGGAUUAGACCCAGGGCUUAGCUGGAGGGAUGGGACGGGAUCCACAGCUGGAGAUGCUGUGGGGCGUAGUCAGAGGUGUUCCAGCUCUGAUGAGGAAAGUGAUGAGGAAACGCCCGGGUUAAGGAGGACAGCUGACAGUGAUGAAGAUUUGUAACUGGCAUAAAAUGGGGCUUGGGAGCAAUUGCAAAUUGCGUUGGGCAAGGUAAUCUGGACAAACGCUUGGGAUCUGUGUGGGACGCUUUCCUGAAGACUGGUGUGUUUUCCUGUGCUGAUACGUAAGUUGUUUUGGAAUUCAGGGUCAGACGGCGGGAGGAAUUGUGUGGGCAUUUGUUUGUGCAAACCUGUGCUUACUCUUAUUAGCUUGACCUUCCGUCGUCUUCUUGACGGACGCCAUCUCCUGCUUUGAAAACUCGGACUGAACUGACCACGGCUUGUCUUCCCCCUUCUUGGACUUGGAAACUACAAACGUCUGCUUCUGGCUUUGAUCUACGGAAAGGAACUGGGUCUACUCUACUGCUACAAUCCUUGGCUGAUCUGUUCGUGUUGGAAAUCCUGUCUGUGUGUGUGUGGGAGCGACGCAAGUUACUCUAAGCACAGUGUUGGCAGCAGAGAGGAAUCUGCUGCCAAUUAGUUGCAUUCUUUUGUAUCUUUUGUUCCUCGGCUUUUGUUUUGUUUAUCCCCAGGCUGAAGCAAGCAGUUUGUUUUUACCCGGAUUAAACUCCGGUUUAAUCCAGUUUAUCUUUUGAACGUUUUUCCUUGUUCCUUUUUUGCUCCUAAAGGCUAAAACUGCCUGGCCCUUGUAUUUUACGGGCAUUUUUGAGUUCUGUAAUCCAAUAAACUCUGUUAUCUUGAACCUUGUGGCGUUCUGUCCUUGACAAUUUAAGUGCAGAGCCAAGCUCAGGUAAACCCAACUGUCCCACCAUCUUUACAUAGAACAUUGAAAUGGAGCUCAUGGACCAGGAGUGGAUAGAAGAAUGCUAUGCAAGUUGCAUUUUGCAAUUCUGAACUCAUCACUCUUCUCCUUCCCAGGGGAUGACAGUCUACCCAAUACUCAGCACUGUCUUGCAUGACCCCACAAUGUUUAAAAGCCCCAAUGUUUUCAACCCAGAAAACUUCUUGGAUGAGAAUGGACGCUUCAAGAAGAAUGAUGCCUUUGUGCCUUUCUCCUCAGGGAAACGGAACUGCUUGGGCGAAUCCUUGGCCCGCAUGGAGCUUUUCCUCUUCUUCACCACCAUCCUGCAGAGUUUCCAACUGAAGUCCCUUGUGCCUCCUGAAGAUAUUGACCUCACUCCUCAGAAAAGCGGUUUUACCAACAUCCCGCCCUUUUGCCAUCUCUCCGUCAUCCCACGCUGACCCCAAGGUCCCUUUCUCCCUCAGAAGCUGCAUUGACAGACACCACAAGAAGAAUCAUAGAAUCGUAGAGUUGGAAGAGACCUCAUGGGCCAUCCAGUCCAACCCACUGCAAGAAGCAGGAAAAAGUAGAAAGAAGGGGAUUUUCUCUGUUUCCUGGCUCUCAUAAAAAGGACUGAUUUUUUUUUUAAAGAUAUAUGGCUUCUGAAUUUCACCCCCUUGUUAGGACUUGUUGUCUUGAGGCAUUCCCAGUGCGGUAACAAGGAUGCUUUUGACCCAUUCUAGCACUUGAAUCCCACCCAAGGGAGAAAGGUAAAGGUCAAGGUUUCCCCUGACGUUAAGUCCAGUCGUGUCCUACUCUGGGAGUUGGUGCUCAUCUCCAUUUCUAAGCCGAAGAGCCGGCGUUGUCCGUAGACACCUCCAAGGUGGCCAGCUUGACUGCAUGAUAGAAAUAAUCAAACGGUUAUGCACUCAUAACUGUUCUCACAAAUUCCAAAUUAGAUAAUUUCAAGGCAACUUCAAUACUUUAUAAGCAAUGGAUAUAGAGACAUAAUUAAAAUUUAAGAGGCAUCACCUUCUUCUGAUUCUUCAGGA